AUGAAGAAAUUCUGGUUAGCUUUAUUAUUCAUUUUAUUGCUCGCCGCUAUAUUAACAGUCGGUUUGACUUUCACGUUUCUAUAUAAGCACAGGAAAGAAGCUAAGGAGGUAAAGCAUGGAGAGAUUAUAUGGACCUUCCACCUUGAACACGAAGAUUUAAAAUUGAAGGGAACGUUAGAGGACAUCCUCAACGUUGACAUUCUGAAGACCAUCGAAUACGAAGUCGGUGGAAACAAGGCAUCGGUUCGCAGCGUCGUUCGCGAAUUUGGCGAUUUGACUCUUACAGGGUGGAUGCACCUGUUCAAGCAGCCCUUGAGAGUUAAGAAGAUAACGGUUGGCAAGGCUCAAAUUGAAGUUGUCAAAGUGGUGCCCAUCGCUGGAUUCACAGUAUUUAACAAGGAGGGAAACCCAGAUUUCGUCACACUAUGGCACGACGACUCAUUUCACCACUACUCAGUUGAAGGUGAGCUUCUGACUGUGGGAGCAUUCCCAUUUGCAAAAGGAGAUGAGUCAAAACACCCUGACAGACUUGAGCUGCCCAAGGAAGUAAAGGAGGAUACAGAGAUGGCACUCCCUGAACACCGCGAGGAAGUCCCAAUGCCUCACGAAGAGGUGCGGCCAAAAGAAGAAAAGGUAGAGGUGAUAGUUGAAUCUAAAAAGGAAGAGCUCGUAGUCCCCGCAGUCCCAGUUCCUGAAAAGAAGGUUCGUAGGGUCGGAGCACUUGUAGUUGACCUCGAUCUGGCAUCAAAGUCCGAGGUGGGGGCCCCGUUCAAAUACAAAGACGGAGAUGAUGAGAUUACAAUAACGAGAACAACAUUCAACGUAAUAUAUGAGAAGUGGACGUUCACGCUCACAAAGCAAAGGGCAGUGGUGCCCUACAUCAAGUACGAAGGUGAGGAGGUGGACGUCGGCUGCAGCGGAGUACUGGAGUUGGCAGUCUUUGUCGGCAGAGUUAACUUGCCCCUCCUGGCUAGUUUCAGGGAAGCAGGCAGGAUAAAGUCUUUUGCACACAGGGGUAAGAAUGCGUGGCAGCAUGUGCACGCACCUGUUGUAGAUGUGGACACUCUGGAUGACAUCUACUGCUUCUUGAAGCAGAUCGUCAUAUUUGACUUCUCUAAGCAGUCGGGACAAUACAAAGUGGGUGCGUUCGAAGUGCACGUCACUGAGACUGUGGGAGCAGAGCCCUUUGAAAAGUUCAAGUCGUUCAAGCACACCAUAUUCAAGACCAACGAUGAAGGUGGCCUGGUAGCAGCAUCCGCCAAGGUGCACAAGUACAAGUUCUUCAAGGUUAACUUCAACGGGCUUAACGCCGAUGACUCAGUGACCACAGCAACCGCCUUUUUCUGGGACGGCGACCUGACGAAACCACUCAUGAUAAGGCUACUGGUAAACAACACAUACUUAAAUUACGUGGGCCACAAGGACUAUGAACUGGAGCCAAAGGCAGCAUUGCUGCAAGCUCGCCUGGAACGCUUCAACUACCUCGUUAACCGCGUCGUGACGAUUAACCUAGCGAAGCAGAUGCCAUACGACUUCAAGGGAGGCGUUCUGGGAACCGGCGAGGAGCACGUCGCUGUGCGGAUCGAAGAGAACAGCCCAAUGGAACACUUCAGGAAGUGCGUACACACUCACGCAGCCGCCAGAAACGCCGAGUUCUUCAAAAUCAUUGGGUUUCUGGGCGAAGAAUACUUAACAUUUGAGAAUAGAGACGUUUCGCAGGUUGAAGCAUACUUCUUGAAGGGGCACCUCGAAAGGCCACUCCUCUUCUCGAUGAAGGGACACUUCCACACCCACCACUACCACCUGGAGUCAGGAAAGUUCGUCAAGAAGGACCUCAUAUUUGACGACGUACUUUACACGCUCAAGCACUUGGCAUACCACACGUUCACGUACCUGACGCUCGACUUCAACAGGUUCAGCUCAUACCACUUCUCAGGGGAGUCUGCGUUCCCGAGGCACAGACACGCCCACGUCAUCGUGAGGAGGAACGAGGAGCCCUCUGAGUUCGUGAGGACCACGCACACGCUGGAGAAGAGGCACGGAGAAAUCACCAACUUCUUCGUCCUCGCCCUCAAGGGAGCGGACAUUGUGUUGAAGGACCAGGUUGUGUCCAGUGUCGACGCCUACUAUGUCAAGAGACACUUGGACGACCCCAUCGCCAUCAACUUCAAGGGCGCAGCAAACAGAUUGUACGUAGCCACGAAAAAUGGCUUCGAGCAGAAGGACAGCAUAAUCCUCUCAAACUUGGAAAAGGUGAUGAGACGCGCAGCACACGAUAAGCUCAAGUUGGUGUAUUUGCAGCUACACAGAACGUCAAGCUACUACGACGAGCAUCUGGACGGACUCAGCGUGAAAGUAGAGGACAAAACUGACGAACUGGACAUUGACGAAUUCAAGAUGUAUGUGCACGCGUUCCCAGAGUCCUCCGACGUCAGAUUCCUGCUUAAGGAAGCAUACUUCGACCCUAAAGUAGACACUUUGGUCGAUUUGAACAAGGCAGUGGUAAUAUUUGAUCGCAAUGAAGUGCCCGUGUUGGUAUCACUGAUUGACCUCGAGGGCAACGCACUGCACUUCAAACAUGACGGAGAUAAUAAGUGGUCGAAGGUGAGGCCUCUUGACAUGAGACAGUUUUUGAUAAAGGGGAAUCAGGAAUCGGCAGAAAAGAGUGCAUUAUUCCAACCGCAACCUGGUGACAUUCACUUGACUGGCCUAUAUCCAUAUUAA